AUGGCGUCCUUUGAGCAGAUGGAUGCGAACCGGGAUGGUGUGGUCUCGAGGGAGGAGUUCAUGUUUGGCAUGAUGGACCAGAAUCAGGAUGGCCAGAUCUCCAGGGAGGAGUUUGCCGCGGCCAUGCGCGCGCCCAGUGCGCCGAUCCCGACCACCAUGGCGCCGGGCACCAUGACCUAUGGGGCUCCAGGUGCUAUGCCUGGAGGUGGAUACAUUGUGGAGCCGACCACCAUGCCACCCACCUACGGUGCUCCCAUGCCAGCACCAGGCGUGACAUAUGCAGCACCCACCAUGCAGGCGCCUCCUGUGACCUAUGCGGCUCCCAUGCAGUCCGUGCCAUACACGGCCGCCACUACACAGGAGCCACCCGUGACAUAUGCGGCACCUGUGGCCCAGAGUGCACCAGUGACCUAUGCCGCACCUGUCACCCAGGCGCCGAUCUAUGCGCAGAUGCCACCCGUGACCUAUGCGGCCCCAGCUGCACCGCAGCUGGUAGCACAUGAAGGCACCACCGAGACAGUGGUCACCGCCGUCGCUGAGCCCAUGGAUGCAACGCUCACGACGACGGGCGAGCCCACGCCGGUGACGACCAACACCUUGGCGCUGCAGCCGAAGCCACAGCCCUUGCAGACCAUGAGGGGAAGUACCACACAGGUUAAGAUCAACGUGGAUAGCGUGAAGGACGCCGAGAAGGCCUUCCUGGCGGGUGAGCACCGCCCACUGGUCCAGUCGGUGCGCGCGCAGGGGGAGGCCGAGUACAUUGCAGGCGUCAACAGCGAGGUGGACGCUCCUGCACAGGUCACGGUGCAGCGGCAGCAGGAGAUCGUGGCAGGUCAGCUGAUCCAAAAGGUGGUGGAGAUCCCCACUGUCCAGGAAGUGGUGGAAGAACAGGAGGUGCCAGAAGUGCAAGUGGUGAACAAGAUCAUCGAGGUCCCACAAGUUCAGACUCAAGAAAUCGAGGUGGUGCGAGAACAGGUGGUUCAUGUGCCCAAGAUCGUGGAACAGAAGCGCGUUCAGCAGCGCACAGUGGAGCAAGUGGUGGACAUUCCUAUCCCACAGGUGGUGGAAGAGAUUGUGCACGUGCCGGUGACGGUGCAGCAAACCCGGAGGUUCCAACAACCGGUGGAGCAGCUCCAAGAGGUUCCCAUUCCCAUGACGCAGGAGGAGGUCGUGGAGGUGCCGGAGAUCAUCACCCAGGUGCGUGUGCAGCACCAGCAGGUGGAGCAAAUCGUGGAGGUGCCGGUCCCCAUGAGGGAGGAGGAAGUGGUUCACGUGCCAAAGGUCAUCACCCGAACCCGAAUGCAACAGCAACACGUGGAGCAAUUGGUGGAGGUGCCAGUGCCCAUGACACAGGAGGAAGUGGUGCACGUGCCCAAGAUCAUCACGCAAACUCGUGUGCAACAACAGCAGGUGGUGGAAGAGGUUGAGAUCCCAGUACCCAUGCAGGAGGAAGAGGUCGUGCACGUGCCGAAGACCGUGACCCAAACUCGGUUGAAGCAUCAGCAGGUGGAGCAGACGGUCGAGGUGCCAGUCCCAAUGACUGAAGAAGAGGUGGUGCAUGUGCCCAAGACCGUGGUCCAGACCAGUGUGACCCACCAACAGGUGGAGCAACAGGUUGAGGUUCCAGUGCCGAUGCAAGAGGAAGAGGUGGUGCAUGUGCCCAAGACGAUCACGCAGACGCGGGUGAGGCACCAACAAGUGGAGCAAGAGGUUGAGAUUCCGAUCCACAUGACUGAAGAAGAGGUGGUGCACGUGCCGAAGACCGUGACCCAAACCAGGAUCAGACAUCAACAAGUGGAGCAGGAGGUUGAGAUUCCGAUCCACAUGACCGAAGAAGAGGUGGUGCAUGUGCCAAAGACUGUGACACAGACACGGAUCAAGCACCAGCAGGUUGAGCAGCAGGUGGAAAUUCCAGUUCACAUGCAAGAAGAGGAGGUGGUGCAUGUGCCCAAGACCGUGACACGCACCCGGGUCUCCCAGCAGCAGGUGGAACAGACGGUGGAGAUCCCGAUCCACAUGACUGAAGAAGAGGUGGUGCACGUGCCCAAGACCGUGACUCAAACCCGGAUCACGCACCAACAGGUGGAGCAAAGCGUGGAAAUUCCCAUCCCCAUGACCGAAGAGGAGGUGGUCCAUGUCCCAAAGACUGUGACACAAACCAGGGUUCGACAUCAGCAGGUGGAGCAGAGCGUGGAGAUCCCAAUCCACAUGACCGAGGAGGAAGUGGUGCACAUUCCCAAGGUGGUGACGCAGACCCGCGUUCGACAUCAGCACGUGGAGCAGCUCGUGGAGGUUCCAGUGCAUCUCCCCCCCAGCGCCGCGGCCGCCCGCGCGGGCGCCGUCGCGGGUGCUCCCCCCGCGGUGGCCGCCGGGCGCUGCGGCGCGGCGCCGGACCUGGCACCGGCGGAGCCCGUGGAGGGCGGCGGCGUUCAAACGGUGGAGGUACCGGUGCCCAUGACGCAGGAAGAGGUGGUCCAUGUGCCCAAGGUGGUGACGCAAACACGGGUGAGGCACGAGCAGGUGGAGCAAACCGUGGAAGUGCCAGUGCCCAUGACCCAAGAGGAGGUCGUGCACGUGCCCACUGUCAUCCAGCAGGAGCGUGUGUCCCAUGAACAAGUGGAGGAGACGGUGGAGGUGCCGGUUCCGAUGACCGAAGAGAAGGUGGUGCAUGUGCCGAAGGUCGUGGAGCAGGAGCGGCAGCACCACUUCCAUGUGGAGGAGGUCGUGGACGUUCCCGUCCAGCAGCAGGUGGAGACUGUGGUGCACGUGCCUGUGGUCAGCAAGUUGGAGCGCAUCAUCCACAACCCGGUGGAUUUGGAGGUGGAAGUGCCCCGGCCCAUCGUCGUGGAGAAGUGCAUCGAAGUCCCGAAGAUCCAGGUGGAGGAGAGGACCGUGCGAGUGCCGAAGAUCGUGAACACCGUGGUGGAUCGCAUCGUUCAGCAUCAGAUCGAGACGGUGGAGGUUGUGAAGCCCACGGUGGUGCACAAGGUCGUUCAGAGGAAGAAGCCCGUGGUGCAGGAACGAGUGCAACACGUGCCCAAGGUCAUGGUGCAACAAGUCCCCGUGGAGAAGGUGGUGGAGAGACAGGUGGAAGUGCCUCAGAUCCAAUAUGUGGACGAGGUGGUCGACGUCCCCAUGGUGAAGCACCGUCACGUGCCCACCGUGGUCAAGCAGACCAAGGAGGUGGAAGUUCCUCAAGUGGAGUACGUGGACGAGCACGUGGAGGUUCCAGUCAUCAAGCAGGUCCACGUGCCCACGAUUCAGAAGGUUCAGCGGACGGUCAAGGUGCCACAGAUCCAGUGGGAGGAUCAGAUUGUGGAGGUGCCCGUGACCAAGCAGGUGAACGUGCCAGUGAUUGAGAAGGUGCAGAGGAUUGUGGAGGUGCCAGAGUUCCAAUACGAGGAUCAAAUCGUGGAAGUGCCAGUGGCCAAGCAGGUCCAUGUUCCGAUGGUCCAGAAGGUUCAGAAGAGUGUGGAUGUGCCACAGAUCGAAUAUGAGGACAAGGUGGUGGAAGUUCCCGUGCAGAAGCACGUGCGUGUGCCCAUGAUUCAGAAAGUGCAGAAGAUUGUGGAUGUGCCGCAAAUCGAGAUCGAAGAGCAGAUCGUCGAAGUUCCUGUGGCCAAGCACGUUCAGGUGCCCAUGAUUCAAAAGAUUCAGAAGAUGGUGGAAGUGCCGCAAGUGGAGAUUGAGGAGAAGGUUGUCGAAGUGCCCGUCCGCACCAAUGUGCAGGUGCCCAUGAUUCAAAAAGUGCAGAAGAUGGUGGAAGUGCCGCAGAUUGAGAUCGAAGAGCAGGUGGUCGAGGUUCCUGUGCACAAGCACGUGCAAGUACCCAUGAUCCAAAAGGUUCAGAAGAUGGUCCACGUGCCGCAGAUCGAAAUUGAGGAGCAGAUUGUUGAAGUGCCAGCGGUGAAGCACGUACGGGUACCUAUGGUUCAGAAGGUGCAGAAGGUGGUAGACGUUCCUCAAAUUGAGAUUGAAGAGCAGAUUGUGGAGGUUCCCGUGCAGACGCACGUUCAGGUGCCCAUGAUUCAGAAGGUUCAGAAGAUGGUAGAUGUGCCGCAGAUCGAAUACGAGGACAAGGUCGUUGAGGUCCCAGUGGCCAAGCAUGUCCAUGUGCCAAUGAUUCAAAAGGUCCAGAAGAUUGUGGAUGUCCCUCAAGUGGAGAUCGAAGAGCAAGUGGUCGAGGUUCCGGUGCAGAAGCACGUGCAGGUGCCCAUGAUUCAGAAGGUUCAGAAGGUCGUGGAUGUGCCACAGAUCGAGAUCGAAGAGCAGGUGGUUGAGGUUCCAGUGGCCAAGCAUGUCCAGGUGCCCCUGGUGACGAAGGUGCAGCGAAAUGUGGAGGUUCCUCAGGUGGAGUAUGAUGACCAAGUGGUCGAAGUGCCCAUUCAGAAGCAGGUGCACAUUCCCUUCCAGCAGGUGCACGUGCCCAUCGUUGAGACGGUGCAACGGUCCGUUGAGGUGCCACAGGUGGAGUAUGUGGAUGAAGUGAUGCAGAUCCCAGUGGCCAAGCAGGUGAACGUGCCAAUGGUCUCGACGGUGCAAAAGACCGUGCAGGUUCCGGAAGUGCAGUACGUCGACAAGGUGGUGCAGGUGCCGGUGACCAAACAGGUGAACGUGCCAAUGGUGACUCAGGUGGAGAAGAUCAUUGAGAUCCCACAGGUGGAGUACGUGGACAAGCACGUCCACAUCCCCGUCCAGAAGCAUCGAUCGGUGGUGGUGGAAGUGCCCGUGGAGAAGCCCAUUGAGGUGAACGUCAUCGAAACCACCGAGAAGGUGAUUGAUGUGCCAGUGGUGAAGCAGAUUGCAGUGCCGCAGGUUCAGACCAUCGAGAAGACGGUCGAGAUCCCCUUCGUGCAGGUGGUGGAGAAGGUGGUGGAGGUGCCUCAAGUGGGUUCCACCACCCAGGGCAGUGUGAGGGAAGAGCACGUGCCCACCGAGACCAAACGCGAGGAGGCGCCAGCUCAAGUGGUGCAACAGGUCUUGGCCGGUCCGGCUCACCCGGUGGAGUACGUCACGGAGGAGGCCCUACGGGCACUUUCCGCUGAGGCACGCGGCGGGUAUAGGGGCCUUUGGAGGAUUGCGCCGAAGGAUGGCUUCACCGACGGCCUGGCCACUGUGACCAAGGCCACGGGCCAAGCGAAGGGUCGCUUGGGUCUGGGACUGCAUGUGGCCUCCUAUCAGAGCGAGGAAGAGGUGGCCCAGUGGCCUGUGGAACCUUUGGCGCAGGAUCUCGAGGUGCAGGACAUUGAUGCCCACCAGUUCUUCCGCAUCAUCGUCAAGCGCGUGCGCUUCGCGUGCGAAUUUCUGCUGCGCAGCCGCUUUGAUGAGCCGGUGAGGAGAUGCCCCUUCGUGGUCAAGUCCUCCACGGGGUCCGUCGUGGCGAGGGGCAUCAGCAGCGAGCUGGGGGUGGCGUCCGUGGAGUUGCCGAUGGGGACGAUGACCCUCCAGCUGGAGCCUGAAGCCACGUCGGCCUUCGUGGCCACAUCCUUCGAAGUCAAGGUCAAUGAGCAAGGGGACUUCAUGCCGCUUCGACAGGAGGUCGAGACGAAGUCGGUGAAUGUCCAUUUCAGUCUGAUCACGCCCGAUGGCGAGCCAGCUCCUCACUGCGACUUUGAGCUGAAGCCUCGCUUCGCGCCCGACGGGACGGCGGCGGAGGCCUUGAGCCUUCGUCCGGAAGCGCAGGGGACGGUGCCGAGGCCGGGCCGGGACAUCAUCCAUGGUGGACAUAUUGACGCGGGCAUGCGUGUCACCGCGCAGCCCGUGCACACGCGGGGCAUUUCCCUUGUCUACGCGCGGAGCGUGUCGCCGCCGGCUAAUGGACGGAGCGGCAGUCCAGUGCAGUGGGUGCCUGGUUGGAGCCCACAUGAAGGCCCGCCAGGUGCGCCCGCCGUGGGGGCCCCGCUCCCGGGCGGCGAGCUGUUGGGGGCAGGUUUGUAG